AACUCGAAUCUCUUCCACUGUUUCUCGACCAGAGCAAGCUCUACCAUGAUUUCUGUUUCUUCUGCUACUUCUACUCCCACUGCCACGCCCUUCGAAAAGACCUUUGACUGGAACUUGUCAUCUAACGCCUCCUCCAACUCUGCCUGUCCUGUCUCCUCCAAUCCCACUCUCAACAACAUCAGCUCUAUCGGCAGCAUAAACAGCUUGCCCAACAUCAGCCCAAAGAGCCCCCAAAAUGACACUGAGUCUCCCAAGAAAAUACACACUCUUAACACCAUCAACAGGUCUUCGCCUGUGAACAACUACAACUACUCGCUCUCCUUGAAUCUCAAUAACUCGCUUAAUAAUCCUCUCACCACCACAAGAAAGUUGAAACAGUUGCAAAGAAACAACAGCACCAACAGCAUCCACACCAUCCACGACGUCUGCAACAUUCCAAAUUUCAAUAACAAUGCCAACUUCACCAACAAUGUCGCCCAAAAACCCCAUAAUAACCUGUUAAAGUACAAAUUGCAUCCAAAUACCAAAACCAUUACGAUUUCCCAACUAGCUACUUACUUGGACCAGAAAAACUUAAUUUAUACCGAUUUAAACUCGCUUAAAAUCUUGUCAAAUUUAUUGAUAUUGGACACAAGAUCCUUUAACGACUAUUCAAAUUCAAGGAUCAAAAAUUCCUUAAAUUUCUCCUUGCCAACUACUCUACUAAAAAGACCAAAUUUUAACUUGAAGAGGUCUAUUGACAGCUUGGGUAAUUAUGAAAAAUCAAUCUUUGACUAUUUUUUAAAUAACGAUAUCAUUAACAACAACUCUAUUGAACUAAAUUCAAAUAGUAAAUUACCAAAAGGUCCAACUGGUUUGCCCUGUGUAAUUCUCUAUGACUCCAACUCAAUAAUAUCCCUGACUAGUAAAAACAACGACAACACUAAUAACAAAAACAAUAACGAAAACUCACCAUUAACUUCCUCUUUAACUCUAUCUUGCAUGUCCUUAAAAUUCUUAAACAAAAAUGCUUGGAAUGCUCCGGUUUUUGUACUACAAGGUGGUUUCACCUCCUUUACUAAAAAUUUCCCAAAUCUAAUCGAUAAAAGCCCUUUAAACCAGCUAAUAUCAAACCCAAGCUCCAUCCCGACCAACUUCACUCACAACCUCAACCCUUCAAACAACAACAACAAAAUAAAAAACUUUUUUAAUUUCAACAAUAUCAAUAACAAAAAACUAAAUAAACCCAAUAACAUCAAAAACAAUAACAACCUAAAUCUAAACUUAAACCUAAAUCUAAACUGCAACGUUCAAAAUAAAAACUCGUCCUUUCCAAACACUCUCAUAUAUAAAUCAAAUAAAAUAUCUCCUGCUCUAUCUGGCUUCAAACUACCUCCUUCAUCUUGUCAGCCAACCUUCAAAAUAAGACAAAAUGAAGAACCUUGCCAAAAUUUUAAUCUAUUUAACGAAAUUAACAACAACAAAAUCAACCAAAUUAACUCAAUUAACAACAAUAACAAUGGCUUCUUUGAUCUAGAUUCGAUUCAAAACAUAAACUCGGAUUACUUCAAACUAUUAAACUAUGACCUAAUCAAAAAAAAUUCAAUCCCCUUGAAUAUCUUUCCAAUUUGGCUAUCAAAUUUACUAUCCAAAAAUUCAAUUCAAAUUUCAAACAACCUAACAAACUGCUUUGACCAGUUGGAAUAUAACGAAAAAAUUAGACUAAAUAAUGCUUUAUCUCUCGAUAACAAUAAAAACCCAAAUGACAAGGACUGUCUACAAAUAUCCUCAGGUCUCGAACUAGGCUCAAAAAAUAGAUAUAAAGAUAUCAUCCCUUACGAAAAUACUAGGGUCAAAUUGUCAAAUGCGAAAAAUGAUUCAGACUAUAUCAACGCCUCUUAUUUAUCCUCCUUUUUUUCACAAAAUAAAUACAUCGCCACUCAAGGCCCUCUAAGCACUACUAUAGCUGAUUUUUGGGAAAUGAUUAUUAACCACAAAUCACCUUUAAUUAUAUCCCUAACUUCUCAAUUCGAAGAUAAUAGAGAAAAAUGUUCAAAUUAUUGGAAAAAUGCAACUUAUUCCGAUAAUGGUACUUUAAAAGUCCAUCUUAUCGAAGAAAUCAAUGUGUCAGAUUUAAUUAAUGAUCAAAAUUUUACUGAAAAUUUUAUUACAAAUAACAAUGAUAAUGACCAUAAUGAUAUAACUAAUUUUAUUAAAAACUCUUCGAUCAUUAUUAGAAGAAUUCAAGUUCAAUUAGAUGAUUCACCUGAACAUCAAGUAUUACAAUUACAAGUCGAGUCUUGGCCUGAUUACGGAACUUUUGAUAAAUACGAUGAUCUACUAACCUUAAUCUAUUUCGAAAGAUUAAUUACAACAAAUUAUUCAAAUUUAACAAAUGAAAAUCCUCCAAUUGUUGUUCAUUGUUCUGCUGGUUGUGGUAGAACUGGUACUUUUUGUACAAUUGAUUCAACUAUUGAUUAUAUCAUAAAUCAUCCAAAUAAUGACAAUACUAAUAAUGAUAAUACUACUACCACCAAUAAUAACAAUAAUACUAAUAAUGACGACAGAAAGAAUGGUACUAAUAUCACCAGCAAUACUAAUACCAGCAAUACUGAUACCAGUACUAACAAUCCUCCAAAUAGCAAUCAUGAUCCAGUUUUUGAUAUUGUUGAUUUAUUUAGGAAUCAAAGGGUUUCAAUGGUUCAAACAUUAAAGCAAUAUCUAUUAAUCUAUGAUACUUUGAUUGUUUAUUAUAGCUAUAAAAAUAGCCAUAAAUUAGAAAUUUUCGAUAAUAUUGCUAAAAAAUUAGAGAUUUUUCAAAAAUAUUUUAAAAAAAUUGAUAAUAUUUCCAAGAAAGUUUCAACUUCAAAUUAA